UUUCACAACUAUUUCAUUAUUUUUCACCCCAUUCCCCCCGCCCCAGGAUCCUGCUGAUCGUCGUGGUGAUUUCAUGACCGUUUCACGACGAUUUCACGAUGAUUUCAUGACAAUCUCACCACGAUUUCGUGACAAUCUCACCACGAUUUCGUGACAAUCUCACCACGAUUUCGUGACAAUCUCACCACGAUUUCAUGACAAUCUCACCACGAUUUCGUGACGAUUUCACCACGAUUUCACCACAAUUUCAUGACAAUCUCACCACGAUUUCAUGACAAUCUCACCACGAUUUCAUGACGAUUUCACCACGCUUUCACGAUGAUUUCACGAUGAUUUCACCACGACUUCACAACUAUUUCAUUAUUUUUCACCCCAUUCCCAGGAUCCUGCUGACCGUCGUGGUGAUUUUCCGCAUCCUCAUCGUGGCCAUCGUGGGCGAGACCGUGUACGAGGACGAGCAGACCAUGUUCAUGUGCAACACCCUCCAGCCCGGCUGCAACCAGGCCUGCUACGACAAAGCCUUCCCCAUCUCCCACAUCCGCUACUGGGUGUUCCAGAUCAUCCUGGUGUGCACCCCCAGCCUCUGCUUCAUCACCUACUCCGUGCACCAGGCGGCCAAGCAGCGGGAACGCCGCUACUCCUUCCUCUACCCGCUGCUGGACUCCAAAAAACCCAAACUCAACGGGGCCCUGGCGCCCGACGGCGCCAAGGACGAGGCCGAAACGCCGGCGCGGCCGCCCCGCAGCGCCAAGAUGAAGAGGCAGGAGGGGAUCUCGAGGUUUUAUGUGAUUCAGGUGGUGUUCAGGAACGCGCUGGAGAUCGGGUUCCUGGGCGGGCAGUAUUUCCUCUACGGCUUCAACGUGCCCGCAAUCUUCGAGUGCGACCGCUACCCGUGCGUCAAGGAGGUGGAGUGCUACGUGUCGCGGCCCACGGAGAAAAGCGUCUUCCUGGUGUUCAUGUUCGCCGUGUCCGGCGUCUGCGUCCUGCUCAACCUGGCCGAGCUCAACCACCUGGGCUGGCGCAAGCCACAAUCGUUGGGAUUUCAUUCGCAAAUCCACGGAGCCAAAGGUGUUGGGGGGAAAUUGCUGGAAUCUCAUCCUGAAACUGCUGGAAUUCCAUCCCUGAACUGCUGGAAUUCCAUCCCCAAACUGCUGGAAUUCCAUCCCCGAACUGCUGGAAUUCCAUCCCUGAACUGCUGGAAUCUCAUCCUGAAACUGCUGGAAUUCCAUCCCCGAACUGCUGGAAUUCCAUCCCCGAACUGCUGGAAUUCCAUCCCUGAACUGCUGGAAUCUCAUCCUGAAACUGCUGGAAUUCCAUCCCCGAACUGCUGGAAUUCCAUCCCUGAACUGCUGGAAUUCCAUCCCCAAACUGCUGGAGUUUGGACCCAAAAUCUUUGGGAAUUGGAGCCACGGCCAAAUCACGUCGGGAUUUGAAGGCCAAGGUGCUUUGCUGAAAAUCCAGGAAUUGUCCCCAAAUGUUUGGGGUUUGGAACCCAAAUGUCCAAGAUUUCACCCCCAAUUUCUGGGGUUUGGAGGCACAAAUUGCUGCGGUUCUGCCCCAAAGUGCUCGGUGAAUUUUCACUCCCAAAAUUCCCAGGAGAUUCCUCCCUGAAUUUCUGGACUUUGGACCCAAAAUUUGAGGUUUAGCCCGAAAUUUAUUGGGACUUCAUCCCCAAAAUCUUCAGAUUUUCCCUCAGAAUCGCUGUGCCCCCAAAAUUCCCAGGAUCUGUCCCCUCAAAAACCUCCAAACUUCAGGGUUUCACCCCAAAAGUUGCUGCUGUUUUUCCCAAAUCUUGGGGUUCUCCCCCCCCCCGAUUUUAUUCCCCUAAAUUUAAUUUUGCCCCCCCCAGGUGCAAAUGGGGCAAUCUGUGGGGGGGGGGGGAUUGUGUUUAUUUUGGGGGGGUUGUAUUUAUUUGGGGAAUUCAUUUCUAUUUAUUUUAGGGGAAUUUGUAUUUAUUUUAGGAUGUAUUCAUUUAAACAGGGAGGGAUUGUAUUUAUUUUAGCAAUGUUUAUUUAUUGGGGGGAUUUUAUUUAUCUUAGCAAAGUUUAUUUAUUUGGGGGAGGUUUGUAUUAAUUUUUUUUUUGGGGGGGGUGGGGUUUUAUUUAUUCUAGAAAUAUUUGUAUUUGUUUGGGGUGUAUUUAGGAAUGUUUGGAUUUGUUUUAGGAAUGUUUGGAUUUAUUUUGGGGUGUAGGGAUUGAUUUUUUUUGGGGGGGGGGGAGGGUGAGGAAAUCAGAGGUGCUGGGGGGGGGCAGAGCCCCCCCCAAAAAAAAGUUUAAAAUAAAGGGGUCACAGAGACCUGAGAGCCCCCAAAAAUUCCUCCCAGAAUGGGAACAGACCCCAAAAAUGGGAACAGACCCCCCCAAAAAAUGGGACCAAACCCCCCAAAAAUGGG